CUACUGGACAAGUGUUAAUCCCAUUGUUGUCGUACCAACGAGAGCGACAGCCGGUGGGAGGUGGGAGGAAGCAUGACACAUCGCUAAUUCGAUGAUCCAUAUUUUCCUUGACGGGAUGAGCAUGUGAUAACGGCGAGAGGGGGUUUGAUCCAUAAAAGCGAUGCAGAACUUCCUGCGCGUCCAUCCAACCAUGAGUCCGCGACAGAUGUCGGUCCUGGUCCUCGGGCUCGUGAUGGUGGUAACGGUCCGAGCGAGGACUACCGGGGCUGUCCCUACAGCAGUGAACGAUGUCCGGGCCGCUGGGUAUCUGACGGACGUUAGGUUCGCUUACAAACUAUACGAGGAGUGUCGGCUACAACAGUUCUCGCCUUGUCUCAAGAAGAAGGUGGUUGUGGCGCUGGACCGCGCGGCCAAGUCUACCAAACACCUGAGUCUGAUGGACGGAGUCAGGUUUGUGAAGGAUCCGAACGUGGCACCUGCUGAACCUGUGACUGAGAAGGAUCUGGACACCGUCCUUCUGGAGGCUAGGAGUCUUGAAGAUCCUGAUUCUAUCUUGAAUCAAAUGAUCCUCGACAAAAUCAUCUACUUCUUCACCACUCAUACUCUUGAGUUCAAGCUAUUCGAGAACUCAGCUAGUGGCAGAAUACGACGCAGGAGGUUCAGCUCACUGCUGAUGGUGCCGCUGCUGCUAGGAGGCACGCUGAUACCGCUGGCAUUCGGCGCGCUGGCACUCCUGGCCGGCAAGGCUCUCAUAGUCAGCAAGCUGGCCCUGGCACUGGCUGCCAUCAUUGGGCUGAGACGACUGGUGGGCAGCGGCGGUGGCGAGUCAUAUCAGGUGGUGACAGUGCCACAUCACGGCUCGGGCCACUACAAGCGCAGUAUGGAGGAUGCCCAGCAACUAGCCUAUGUUGGCUACGUCCCCGUCACCGCCGCGGCCUCCUCCAGAGCCGACCAACUCCAGGGGAUCAGGAGAUAAUGACUCCAGAAA